AUGAUAGGUUGUAUCGCUACGCUGGGGAAUGGCUCUGUCAUCGUCGUCUACGCCCGUCAGAAAAAGUUCCGCUCCAAACCGCACAACAUUCUCAUCCUCAACCUAGCGAUCAGCGACCUCGGUAUCUCAAUAUUUGGGUAUCCGUUCUGCACGGCGUCUGGGUACGCUGGGUACUGGUUGUUCGGGGACGCGGUGUGCCAGCUGUACGGCUUCAUGUGUUACACCCUGUCCAUGAGCAGUCUCAACACCCUGGUCGUCAUAGCCGGAUUCAGAUACAUCUCUCUCUGCCGCCCACAGUAUGCCUACAAGUUGACCCACCGUGUGACGGCCUACUCGCUGAUCGGGGUGUGGCUGUACAGCCUGCUGUGGACGGUGCCGCCACUGGUAGGGUGGAGCAGCUACACGUAUGAACUCUUCGGUACGUCUUGUAGUAUCAAGUGGACGGUGGAGGACACCUCCGAGAUGGUGUACGUCAUCGGGAGCUGUCUCUUCUGUUAUCUUGUCCACCUGCUCCUCCUGGUGUUCUUCUACUACAAGAUCGCCAAGCGGAUGCGGAAGCUGAACCUGCGGGGACAACACGCCGUUCCGACCGCCAGCGGCAGGAGGGACUUCGUCACCAGCAGCAGGAUGCAGUCGGAAACUAGGGCCACUAUGAUGUGUUUCCUGAUGGUGAUACUGUUUAUGGUGGCCUGGACUCCCUACACCGUCUCGUCCUUCUGGUCUACACUAGUGAACGAGAUCCCGCUAUGGGCGGCCACAUAUCCCACCAUGUUCGCUAAGUCCUCCUGUGUCUUCAACCCCCUCAUAUACGCUGUCGCUCACAAGAAAUUCCGGUCGUUCCUGACCCAGACGUGUUGUCCUUGGCUGUACAGAAGAGUGGGCCUGGGGAAAAACAACCCAUACCUGGACCAGCAACGACAGAACAGGAUACGCAAACAGAAGGGACAAAUCUUCUGUGUACAAUACACUCACGGCAAUGUUUAUAUCGGUGCCCAUGGUUCACGUGGCUGCUGGUCAGAAGACAGCGGUAGAAUCCGCGGUACGUGCCGGUACCACAGGGCGAGGUCGUCCUUUUCCACACUCCACGUGGACAACCUGGCCAGACUGUCGCAGGGUGGGGCCUCUUCUUCUACGGACAGUAGAUUGCCGUCGGUACAUCGGAAAGGGAGAAAGUACACCGUGCAAGCACAGAUAGAACCUGCGCCUAGACAGGAGAACAGUGCGUCUAGCAGUGAUGAGUCCGUCGACGACAUGUCCUGUAUUGAUUUCACAGUGAUAUAG